GAAAAAAAACGAAGUAAAAAACGCAGCAAAAAAAGAGGGAAAACACGGAGGAAAGGAAUCCCCUAUGUGCGUGUAAAUCACCGUGGGUCGCUCCCCCCCACUGUGUGUUCUCAACAGAGCGGGAGAACUCCCCGGGUUUAAUUGGCACACUGCUUGGCGCGUCACUCGCUCGAGUUAGCCAUUUCGGUGAGAUUGCCUAGGUGUGGCGACGUAGCUGUUGAGUUCGGCUCUCUAUCGAACGCGAUGCUACGUCAAACUGGAUGCUUCGUCCAACCCGAUGCUUCGUCACACCGCGCUGCAUAUCCGAGCCAACCGGGAGGAAACAAACUGCCAAGAUGGGAAAGAGCUGCAACGCGUUUGACCUCUUCAUGCACCAGUACAUCGUCAAGUACAAGAGCAGCAAAGUGUGUUACCUCUGCAAGAACAAAGUAACCGCCAACCACGUCGAAAAAAUGGAGGACGUCUGCCCCCAAAUGUGGAGGCACUUGCACGGCCUCACCAUGCAGCCCCAGUGCCCCCUGCAGAGCUUUGGCCAGGUACUGCGUGUAAAAGACCUACGGUUUGAGGAGCUCGAAAAGUACAGGGACGCCCUGCAGCGGAACGGAGGGAGGCACAUUCCUCCCUGCCACCCCGACUCUGCUCAACCGUUGCUAAUCAGCAAAGAGGAGGACCUUCCCCCCAAGAUGCCUUUCACUCUCCCGGCUUGCAUUUAAAAAAAGGAGCGUUUUAUUUAUUUUAUUUUUUUUCAACUUGGCGAAGUGCCCAUUUCGCACGGGGGCAGUUAAGACAGUGGGAGCAGCU